AUGCAACAUUUGUUUUUAAAAAAAAGUAAAGUUACCUUUUGUAGUAUCAAGUUAAAAGGGUUGUUAUAUAAACAUUUAAGAAAUGAUGGGAAGCAGAAGAAUAAAGAAAAACAGAACACCGUAAAUUGGUAUAUAUAUAAUAAAAGAAAAAGGAUUGAGGAGAUACAAAAAGUAACUGGUAAUGAAAAAUAUAAUGAACUUAUAUUAUAUUCUUUUUUUUAUAAUAAAAAUAUAAAAAGUACAAGAGAUUAUAAAAGGAUCUAUUAUUAUUGUAAUUUGUUAAAAUGUGAUAUAUUAACAUUUAUAAAAAAAGAUAUAGAAAAUUUAAGAAAACAAAAAUAUAAAUAUUUUACAAUAAAUAAUAGAAGACAUUCAUUUAAAAAAAUUUUAUAUAUUUAUUUAAAUAACAAUAUUAAGAUUAAUGAUAAUGAUCAAACACAUUAUUUAUUUGAAUUAUUACAAAAACAUUUAUUAAAAACAAGUCCUUAUAAUAUAUUUCUUUUUUUAAAAUUGUGUACGGAAUAUAAAUAUUUGGAAAAACUUAAAAUAUUUACAUUGGACACAUUUAUAAAAAAAAUUAACAAACAUAUGAUCAAUGAAGAAAACAAAAAAAAAUAUGAACAUGCUCAGAAAAAUGUAAAAUAUAUAAAUCGAAAUAAACAAAACCCAGCUUCCCAAAUGUCUAUUGAUAAAAAGUCUUUAUCAAAAUGUGUGAACGUUCAUAAAUCUGAUGAGCAAAAUGAAGUCAGUAUAAAAUCAAAAAAAUAUACACACAUACAACCUCAAACAUCAACACAAACGUUAACACAAUCGCCAACACAAUCGUCAACAUCAAAACCAUGUAAUUAUCAUGAUGAUGUUGAUUUAUACCCCUUGACAAGCUUAACAUAUGAAUAUAUAAGGAGCAAUAAAUUUUUUACUUGUAAUAACAAAAAUCAUACCUGUACAUUUAAAAACAUAUAUAUGUUUGAUGUAAUACAUUUUAUAAAUAAUAAUAUAAAUAUAAAUCAUAAUGAUGUACAUACAAAUGAUAAAAAUGAAUGCGCCUCUGAAGUAAGUGAUGACCAUAUUGUUUUUGAGCAACGUGAUGGUUUUCAAAAGGGGGCAUUUAAUAAUUUACAAGGCGAUAAUAUAGGAAGAAAUAAUUUACAAGGGGAUAAUCUUAGAAGAAAUAAUUUACAGGGGGAUAAUCUUAGAAGAAAUAAUUUACAGGGGGAUAAUAUAAAAAACGUUUAUUCAAGAGAAAGCUCUUUAAAAAAUGCUAAUAAAAAGUGUGCUCCUUUAAAGAAUUACCUUUAUUAUAACAAUAAUCACCGUUUUGAAUUAAAAAAUAAGUUCAACAAUAAAAUGAAAGAUAAUGAUGUAAGCAUAAUAAGAAGAGAUGAUCAUAUAGAUAAAAGCGAAGUAAAAUAUUUUUACUAUAUACAGAGAAAAAAUAAUCUAGGUGUAUAUAAAGAAAUAUAUGAAAAAUCGGAUCAAUAUAAAAUGAUAAAAUAUUAUGAAGAAUUAAAGAAAAGAAAUGUAAAAACCAAAGAAGAAAAAAAAAUGAGCAACACAACAAAUAAAAUUACAAAAGAUAGUAUCACACAAGAAUGUUUACAAAACAAUAAAUUAAGAGAUCAUUUUAAAAAAAUAAGGGAUCAGAUAUUAAGAAUAGAAAAUAAUAUAAAACAUGACAAUUUAAUGAUAAAUAAAAAUAUAAUAGAUCAACAAGGAAGUGUAUCAAAAAGUGGAUCCUUAAAAAAUAACAUAAUAACAAACAAUAAUAUGUAUAUUAACAAUAAUAAUAAUAAUAUAUAUAUUAACAAUAAUAAUAAUAAUAAUAUAUAUAUUAACAAUAAUAAUAAUAAUAUAUAUAUUAACAAUAAUAAUAAUUAUAAUAUGUUUACAUUUAAUAAUGGAGAUAUAAAAUACCCCCCUUUAUUUAAAGAACACAUUUUAAAUAUCCUUUUAUCCUUUUGUAUCAAUAAUUAUCAAGAUAAUAUGUAUAAAUAUUUAAAAUAUUUUUUUUUUUCCAACUUUUAUUUCUAUAAUCCCAUAUUUCUUUUUUAUUAUUUCUCUUUUAUCUCUUGUACCGAAAAAAAUUUGUACGAAAUAUAUUUAAAAGAAUUUAUAAAGUUUUUAAAUAACAUAAUUGUACAAUUUCAUUUUUAUUUAUUACCAUUCUUUUUAAAUUUAAAUUAUUCGAACGUAUUUUUAAAUUUUUUUAUAAAAUACUGGAAUACAAUUUCUUCAGAAAAAAAAGACAUGUCCAUAAUAUAUAGAUUGAGCAGUAAUCAUAAAUUUGUUAAGGAUGUUAUAACAUAUGCACAAAAGCAAAAACAAGAACAAAAACAAGAAAAAAAACAAGAACAAAAACAAGAAAAAAAACAAGAACAAAAACAAGAAAAAAAACAAGAACAAAAACAAGAAAAAAAACAAGAAAAAAAACAAGAAAAAAAACAAGAACAAAAACAAGAAAAAAAACAAGAAAAAAAACAAUAUGUACAUACAACACAAUAUGUACAUACAACACAAUAUGUACAUACAACACAAUAUGUACAUACAACACAAUAUGUACAUACAACACAAUAUGUACAUACAACACAAUAUGUAGAAAAACAAAUAACUCUCUUCAUGAACUUGUUUUUACAAAUAUAUUCUUCUGAUGCCAUUAUAGAAAAGGGAAAAGACACCUAUUUAGAAAACCUCUUUUUGUAUGACACAAAUAAGGAAAGUAAUAAAGAAGAUAAUAUUAUAAAAGAUGGCGACAGUACAAAAGAAAAGAACGAUUUUAUUAGUAAAAACAAAUCAUGUCAUCAUACUAUACAUAAUGAAGAGGAUGAAAAAUUAUUAAUCGGAACUAUAUUUUUUAAUUUUAUGAAAUAUAAAGGAUUGUUUAAUAAAUAUGAAACGGAUAUAAAAAAUAUGAACAUCCAAAAAAAACAAGUCUUCAAUAAUGAAAUCAUAAAUAUUAAUAAUGUUAUAAAAAAAAAAAAAAAAAAAAUCCAUAUGAUUGAAGGAUAUAAUAAAUCUCAAGGUUAUGAAUAUGCACAUGAUAAUAUUUCAAAUAAUUUAGAAGAAAAUAAAAAUUCUUUAAAUAUUUUAAAAAAAAAUUUUAUUGAAAGUACAAAUACUUCUACAUGUACGUAUGAUAAUUUAAACAAAAUGAAGAUAACAAGACGUAUGGAAAAAAAAAAAAAAAAAAAAAUAUUGAUAAAAAAUAUGAGUUCUUGUUAUAAUGAGAAGAUAUAUGAAUUUAAUAUGUUAUCAUCUUAUAUUAAUACAUGUAUAAAACAAAAAGAAAUAAAAUUUAUAAACCACAUGUGCGACAAUACAUAUAAUAUAGAUAAUAUAGAAAAAAAGGAACAACAAAGACAUUUUAUUAUAUUAUGUGAUGAGGAUUUAAAAUAUAACAACAUAUGUAUUAAAAAGAAAGAUAUAUUACAUAACUUUAUUCUGUUUUGUAAAAUGAAUAUGUUUGAAUGUAGUUAUUAUAUGAAUAAAAUUAUAUAUUUUUAUUUGAAUGAAUAUAACGAUAAAGAGUUACUAAAUAUUUUGAUAAGCCAUUUUAAACUGAACAAUAAUAAUAAUAUUAAUAGUAAUAAUAUUAAUAGUAAUAAUAUUAAUAGUAAUAAUAUUAAUAGUAAUAAUAUUAAUAGUAAUAAUAUUAAUAGUAAUAAUAUUAAUAGUAAUAAUAGUAAUAAUAGUAAUAAUAUUAAUAGUAAUAAUAGUAAUAAUAUUAAUAAUAUAGGAAGUGCUAUUAAUUCAAAUAAUAUAAAUAUAAACAAUGUGUCCAUAAAUAAUACUAAAAAUAAUGUAUGUGUAAAUAAUUUAAGUAUGGAUAUCCCAAAUAUCAACACACAAUUUAUAAAUAAGAAAAAGGAUGAAUAUUAUUGUUCAUAUGAUCUACUACUUGUUAAUAAAAUAUUAAACAUUUUCAUAUAUAAAAAAAAAUUCAUCUCUUUAAAUAAUAGUAUAAUUAUAUCAAAUCUUUUGGCAAAACAACAACUAUAUAAUAAUAAUUUUUUUCGGUUCCUAGAAAAAAACAAUUUUAUAUAUGAUAUAAAGAAUUGUAAUAUUCAUUCAUUAGUUUCACUCAUAUAUUCCUUUGGAAAAUUAAAAAUGAAAAAUAUACAUCUCGAUUUAUAUAAAGGUAUGAUCAAAGAAAUUAUUUAUAAUAUUGAAAAAAUUAAUGAAUAUGGUUUAUCAUGUUUACUUUAUGGUUUAUAUAAUUUGAUAGAUAAAAAAAAAGAAAGAAAUCUUACUAUUAUAAAUUAUGAUUAUGCAAAAUAUAAAAAUGAGGUAACUCCUUCUAAUAAAAAUGUAAAACAUUAUCAUAACAAAAAUUACAAUAAAUAUUAUAUUCCUUCUAAUCAUAUACAAAAAUUAACUACAAAAAAUGGAUCCUAUAAAAAACAUGUACUACAUAGGGAAGGUAUCACCAUGAAGCAAAAUGAAAAUAUUGUGGGAAGUGUAUCUAAUGAUGAUACUAUAAAUAAAUAUGAUACUAUAAAUAAAUAUGAUACUAUAAAUAAAUAUGAUACUAUAAAUAAAUAUGAUAAUAUAAAUAAAUAUGAUAAUAUAAAUAAAUAUGAUAAUAUAUGUAAUAAUAAUAACAAUAUAGAUAAGUACAAUAAUGUACAUAACAACAAUUUUGAUAAUAAAAAAGAUCUUAUAUCUAGGUCUCCAUAUUUAAAUGAUGAAAAGAAUACAAAUAAUCUUGCGAAGGAAUCAAAUGAAAUUAGAAUUCUUGAAGAUAUUUUGAUAAAAGAAAUUAUAAAAAGAUUAAUUUUUUUUAAAAAUAUGAAUAUAAAUUCUUUUUGUAUAUCCAUUUCUUGUUUAUCGAAAAUAAAUAUUUUUCCAAAAGAAUUAUAUGAAGAAAUAAAAGAUGUAACAUAUAAAUAUAUGAAUAGUGUAAAUGUAACAUCUUUACAACAUUUAUCUUUAGCUUUAGCAAAAUAUUAUAUAACAAACAAAAAGGAGAAUAUAAUUCAUAAUAUAAUUUAUGAUAUAUAUGAUUAUUUGUUUAUAUAUAAAAUGAGUGACAUUUCUUUUAAAUGUGCAUGUAAGUUCUUAUAUACAUUAGGUUUGUUAAAUAUAAGAAACGAAAAUUAUAUAUUAAUAUUGCUUAUGGUUAUUGCUAAUGAAAGAGGUAUAAUAAAUAAUGUACAUGUACAAGAGAGCAAUCCAAAUUGUAAUCAUCAUAAUAACAUGUAUUAUAAAAAUGAAUAUGUAAACAAGUUAUAUAAUCAAUCAGAAAAAUAUAAUACAUAUAACAAUAACAAUAAUAAUAAUAAUAAUAAUAAUAAUAAUAAUAAUAAUAUAGGUCUUAAUAAUACUAAAUUUAUGAAUAUGUUAAAUAAUAAAUUGUUUGAUCCUUAUCAUAAUAGUAAAUUAAAUUCUUCUUCUUUAUAUAAAUCAUUAGAUGUAUUAAAAAAAAAUGAAUAUUUUAAAAGUUAUUAUAAUUCUUAUUUAUUUUUUAAUAUACCUAAAUACAAAUUAAAUAUACAUAAUAUAUUAUUAAAUUUUUCAAAUGUUGAUAAUAGUUAUUUGAUUCAUGUUUUAGAUGCUUUAUAUAAUUUAUCAUACUAUUCUUAUUUCUCUAUACAUAUAUGUAUCAUUAUCAAAAAUAUCUUAGUAAAGCACAUACAUGACAUGAAGGUUUCUAGUAUUAUGUCCUUAUUAUAUUCUUAUGUCAAUUUACAUUUCUAUGAUUAUUCUUUGUAUUAUAUAGAAAAGGAAAUAUUUUUAUUGGAGGAUAUAAAUAAUAAUGUUAAUAUAAAAUAUGAUGGUGUACAUAAUAAUAACAAUGAUAAUAUAAAAUAUGACGGUGCACAUAAUAAUAACCAUGAUAACAUAAAAUUUGACUAUGCACAUAAUAAUAACAAUGAUAACAUAAAAUUUGACUAUGCACAUAAUAAUAACAAUGAUAAUAUAAAAUAUGAUGGUGCACAUAAUAAUAACAAUGAUAAUAUAAAAUAUGAUGGUGCACAUAAUAAUAACAAUGAUAAUAUAAAAUAUGAUGGUGUACAUAAUAAUAAUAAUGAUAACAUAAAAUUUGACUAUGCACAUAAUAAUAACAAUGAUAAUAUAAAAUAUGAUGGUGCACAUAAUAAUAACAAUGAUAAUAUAAAAUAUGAUGGUGUACAUAAUAAUAAUAAUGAUAACAUAAAAUUUGACUAUGCACAUAAUAAUAACAAUGAUAAUAUAAAAUCUGACGGUUCACAUAAUAAUAAUAAUUAUAAGAACAAAUGUAUAACCCAUUUUAAUAAGUAUAAUACAACCAUAAAUAACCAUUCUACAAAUAAUGUAAGAUAUAAGAAUUUAGAAAGUGAGUUCAAAAAAAUAUAUAAUUGUUUAUUAAAUAAUUUUGUAAAUUUAAAUGAUCAAGAAAAAAGACUAUAUGUCGAAAAAUUGAAGUCUUUAAUUUCUGAGAUGAAAAAUAAUAAUAAAUUUUAUUUUGUUAAAGAUAUAUAUAACAAUAUGAAUGAAGGUAUUAGUACGGAAUAUAUUUUAUCUAUGAUACAUGAUUAUGAUGAAAGUAAAAAAACAAUAAAUAAUUAUAAACAAAAUUUUGCUAUUCCAAAUAAUGUUCAUAAAAAAUUAAAUUACUCUCAUGAUGAUCACAUUAUUAAAUACAAUAACAAAACAAAUAUAAAUGAAUCUCUUAACAAUAUAACAAUGUUACAAAAUUAUAAGGUUAAAGACAAACAUAUUAAUACUACUGAACAAAUAAAUAAAAUAAAUUUAUUACAUAAGGAAUCCAUGCAUCCAAAUUAUCAAACCACUUAUAAAUUUCAAGAGAUAAAAAAUGUUGUGGACCAAUUUGGAUGUUUUAUUAAAAAGGAAAAGUCAAAAAAACAUCAAUCGGAUUAUACAAAUCGGCAUUUAACAGAGGAGGGAAAUGUAAAUAUAGAUCAGCAUGAUAAAAAUAUGGAAAAACAUAUAUAUGAAAAUAACGAUUUGCAUAAACUUAAAAAUGAAGAUAAUGAUUUACAUUUGUAUGAUCAUAAAGAAGAAGGUGUGUCGUCUUCAUUCUAUGAGAAAGACAAAAGAGGUUAUCUUGACAAAGUGCUCAUUGAUGAAAUCCAAAAAAAAGAAUAUUAUGAUGAGUUUUUCAUGUUAAAACAUCGAGAAUAUUACAAAGAAGAUAUACUAAACUUAUGUUUAGAAACGUUAUUAAAAAAUACAAAUUAUAUUUUAAAUAAUUAUAAACAAUAUAAAAAUACGAAUAUUUUUUUUCUUAUCCUUUUUUUUAAUAUUUUCUUACCAUAUACAAAUAAUGAUAUAUUAAUAUAUUUAAAUACAAUCCAACGAAAUUUUGCAUUCUACAAUAAUAAUAAUAAUAAUAAUAAUAAUAUGAGAGAUUAUUAUUUUGAAGACAUUUUAAAAAAUAUCGAAUUAUUAAAUUUUAAUGAUCAUAUUAUUCAUAAUUUAAUAAGGUCUAAAAAUUUAUCCCAUAUUCUUAUACCACGUGUUAAUAUAUUACAACAUGAUAACAACUUUUUAAAUAAAGCUAUUCACCUCAAGAGUACCUUUAUAAAAGAUAAAACGUCUGUAGAGAAAAAUAAAAAAAAUUAUAAUAAUUAUGACGAACAUAAUACAUGUGCAAAAUAUAAUAGUACAUAUGAUACAUCGGGUAUAUCACCUACAAAGAAUGAACAUAAUAGCUACAAUAAUUUUGAUGAAUUUUUAAAUAAUUACAACACACAUUUAGAUAUGAAAAAAAUAAAUCUGGAAAAAAUAGUCCCGUUGAAUUUGCUUUAUAAAUUUUUCCAGCUUUUUAAUUUCAACAUAAAUAACGUACAACUAAUAUAUUUAUUAAAUGAAGUAUAUAAGGAAAAAGAUAUAAAUGGCGAUGUGGAUGUGCAACGAAUAUUAACACAAGGUGAAACCAAUGAAAACGUGAAUAACGUGAAUAACGUGAAUAACGUGAAUAACGUGAAUAACGUGAAUAACGUGAAUAACGUGAAUAACGUGAAUAACGUGAAUAACGUGAAUAACGUGAAUAACGUGAAUAACGUGAACAAUGUGAACAGCGUGAACAAUGUGAACAAUAUGAACAAUAUGAACAAUGUGAACAAUGUGAACAGUGUGAACAAUUUGAACAAUUUGAACAAUAUGAACAAUAAUAUGUACAAUUUAAAUAAUACAUAUCGAUUUAAAAACAUAUCGUGUCCAUUAAUACAAAUAAAAAAUAAAACACUAAUUAUUCAAAAAAAAGACAAAAAAAUUUAUUUCAAAAACUUCAACAUGAUAGAUCAUUAUUUCAAACCAGCACGAGGAUUAUUAAUAAACAUAUUAGAUCAUCAUACAUAUAAUUCAUUAUUUAUUUAUGUUGAUGUAUAUAUAGUUGCGUAUAAAGUUGAUAUACUUAUUGAACGAUUUAAUAGGUAG